AUGGAUCGUGCUCACCGUUAUCCAUGGCCACAGCGUCCAUCAACAAGCUCAACCACGACCUUCGAGUCUCAACAAAACGGGUCAGUUGGCGUCUGUCCGAGUGGUCUUGAGAAAUAUGCAAACAGUUCUGUUGAAUCUAUUGGCAUCGAGCAUCGGAAGCGAACUACUAUUGCUGUUGAACUUGCAGCGAAGCCUAAACUCUUGUUGUCCUUUGACGAACCUACGUCAGGUCUUGACUCGCAAAGAGCUUGCGCAAUCAUGUCAUUCCUGAGGAGUUUUGCAGAUAACGGACAGGCCAUUCUUUUCACGGAUUUCCUCGCCGUUCUAGGACAUGUUUUCGGCAGGUUUCUACUUCUUCAAAAGGGUGGUCGCACUGCCUACUUCGGUGACCUUGGUCGAAACGCCACCACAUUGAUUGAGUACUUUGAGAAGAAUUGGGCACUGCCUAGUCUUGAUGACGAAAAUCCUGCGGAGUACGUGCUGGGCGUCAUCGGAGCUGGUUCAACCGCUACGAGCGAACAAGAUUGGUAUCAACUCUGGCAAUCAUUCCAGGAGUCAAAGGAGACCCAGCGGGAAAUUGAAGCUAUC